AAGGGUGAAAAGCAUGGCUUUACUCAAAAAAUUUCCAGGCUUUUACGUCUACGGCUAUGGCAAGCUUGGUUUUUCAAUGUGGAGAGACCCAAUUGGCGAAAAUUGUUUGUGGAAUAGUAGUGAAGGGUCACUGGAACAGUCUCUUGAAACCAAAUGUUGGGUCUAAUCUCACCUCAACGAUCUUGAAUCAGGUACUACUCAAUCUUUCGCUAGAUGGGUGUUGUGUUUCUUGGGCAUUCUUCAAAUGGGUUGAAUCCAAUUUAAACCAUAAGCAUUCCUUGCAAUCUUCGUGGACCAUGAUUCACACACUUGCUAAGCACAAACAAUUCAAGACUGCACAGAACUUGCUUGAAAGAAUUGCUGUUAGAGACUAUUUGUCAUCGCCUUCAGUUUUGAAUGCUGUGGUGAGGAUCCAUGAUGAUCCGGAUUCGAAUUCGCAAAUAUUGAGCUGGUUAGUGAUCUUUUAUGCGAAUUCGAGGAUGACCCAAGACGCGAUUCAGGUGUUUGAGCACAUGAGGGUGCAUGGGUUUAAACCUCAUUUGCAUGCUUGUACUGUGCUCUUGAAUUCAUUGGCUAAGGCUAGGUUGACUAACAUGGUAUGGAAGGUUUAUAAGAAGAUGGUUCGAGUCGGGGUUGUUCCGAAUAUACACAUCUUCAAUGUGCUGAUCCAUGCUUGUUGCAAGUCUGGGGAUGUGGAGAAGGCAGAACAAUUGUUAAAUGAGAUGGAAUCUAGAUUUAUUUUUCCUGAUCUUUUUACGUAUAACACACUGAUAUCACUAUACUGCAAGAAGGGUAUGCACUAUGAAGCUUUGGGUAUUCAAGAUAGAAUGGAAAGAGGAGGAGUGUCUCCUGAUAUUGUAACUUAUAAUUCCCUUAUUUAUGGGUUUUGUAGAGAAGGUAGAAUGAGAGAGGCUUUGAGGCUUUUUAGAGAAAUCAACGGCGCUACUCCUAACCAUGUAACCUACACUACUUUGAUUGAUGGGUAUUGUAGAGUGAAUGACCUUGAAGAAGCCUUAAGAUUGCGUGAGGUGAUGGAGGUGGAAGGGUUGCACCCUGGUGUUGUUACUUAUAAUUCAAUCCUCCGCAAGUUGUGUGAAGAAGGAAAGAUAAAGGAUGCAAAUAGACUUUUGAAUGAAAUGAGUGAGAGAAAGGUUGAACCUGAUAAUGUCACUUGUAACACAUUGAUUAAUGCCUAUUGCAAGAUAGGAGAUAUGGGGUCUGCAAUGAAAGUGAAGAAGAAGAUGUUGGAGGCUGGAUUGAAGCCAGACCAGUUUACUUUCAAGGCACUGAUUCAUGGGUUCUGCAAGUUGCAUGAGGUGGACAGUGCUAAAGAGUUUUUGUUUGAGAUGCUUGAUGCUGGAUUUUCUCCUAGCUAUUCCACCUACUCGUGGCUUGUAGAUAGCUACUAUGAUCAAGAUAAUAAAGAGGCAGUUAUAAGACUUCCGGAUGAACUUUCAAGAAAGGGUCUUUUUGUUGAUAUCUCAGUGUAUAGGGCACUCAUAAGAAGGCUUUGUAAAAUAGACAAGAUUGAAUCUGCAGAAAGAAUAUUCACUCUCAUGCAAGGGAAGGGUAUGAAGGGAGAUAGUGUUGUAUACACAAGUCUGGCAUAUGCUUACUUCAAAGCAGGGAAGGCAAUUGCUGCAUCAGAUAUGCUAGAUGAAAUGGAUAAAAGGAGGUUAAUGAUAACUCUUAAGAUCUAUAGAUGUUUCAGCGCUUCUUAUGCUGGUGACGGUAGCAUCCUAGGCCUCUUCUGGGAUCAUGUAAUUGAGAGACGCCUAAUUUCUAAAAAUAUCUUGAAGUAUAUUCAGCAAUUGGAUGUAAACUCUUAAAGGAUCCUUAGACAUGUCAAUGAAGUCCCAUACCAAGUUUAUCAUGCUAUAAAGGGGUGGCAACAGAUACCUGCUCCUCAUUUUCAGCCCAUGUUUUCAAGGUUAUCUAUCAAGUGAAUGGAACAAGAGAGAUUUUCUUAACAUGCACUGACUGAACCAACAAGGGAAUUGUUCCAAUUAGGUUACAGAGAACCUUGUGAUUUGCUAGAGGGUGACUAUUGAGCAAAUGAUGCAGGUAAUCUCACCAUUGAGGGGAUCAAUGCAAUCUCAAUACUGGAUAUCUGGAAUUUGGGGCUCACUAUUGAAUUUGCCAUGGGGCAUAGAAAAAUUUUGUUUGUUCUCAAUUCUCAUCUGGAACUUGUUUGGGCUACAAGUCAACUUUUUCUCUUUUCACAAUUUAAGUCCUAAUGCUGGGCAGCUAGAAGGUUCUUCCUGUAUAGCUAUACUAGUCUCAUGUGAGGGAGGAAAGACGGGCUAGAAAAUGGAGGAAAAUGAUUGGAAUUAGAGGGAGUGAUUGGAAGCAUUAUGUUAGGAGAAAUCUUAAUUUGGUUAAAAGGUGUGUAUGAAAAGAAGUCCUGAUUGUUUAAGGGGACUUGUUUGGCAGUUGAUCUCAGAAAGUCAUGACCUCUUGCUGAUGAACCCUGGAGUAUAUGAGCAGAGACAUGGACCUGGUCAAAGGUCCCGCUAGAAUUUUUUGAAGGCAUACACUGUGUAUGCAGAGAUGUUGGAUAUGUUCAGGAAUGGGAAUUUUUAGCUGGUUUUACUGCUUCUUUAUACUAGUGAAGAAGAUGCAUUUUGGUUGAUGAUUGCAUUACUUAAAGGGGAUGUUCAUGCCACAAUGGAAGGAUUAUAUUUGGUGGGGUUGCCUCUGGUACAGCAAUACCUUUUCCGUUUGACAACUUGGUGAGGAAGCUGUUGCCAAAGCUGGGAGAACAUUUUAGUCAAGAAGUAAUAAGCCCUGGCAUGUAUGCAAGUCAGUGGUUCAUGACUGUUUUCUCAUGCCCUUUCCCAUUCCAUUUGGCUCUUUGAAUUUGAGAUGCCUUUCUUUAUUAGGUGAGUGGUCUAAAAGCACAAUAAAUUCUCCAAUAAGCAUGCCAUUAUUUGGUUCUAAGAACAUUUUUAUUGCUUGGGCUGGGUGUUAAAAUUGUUUUUCAAGUUGGUUUGGCCCCUACUGAAGCAUUGCCAUGUUGACAUAGUAUCCCUGGUCUUCAUGCCCUUUAGAUCCAAAUAGUCAGUACCUUUUAUGCUUAUUGAAUGAAUAUAUUAUAUUUGAUCAGAUAAAAUUACCUUUCGAGAAACUCAUACAUGCUUUGCUUAACUUCCCUGAGGAUGCAAUGAAUCCGGACACACCAUUAACAAUGGCCUACUCAAUCACGGUUCUCUCUCUCUCUCUCUCCCUUUACCUCCUUGGCAUCUAUAAAAGAAAAUUUUGAUAAUCAUUUGCUUACAAAUUUGACUAAUUUGACUCAUGUGCACUGUACUGCAAACAAUAAGCAUAUUAAUUCAUUGGAAUCGCUGCUUCUGUUUUGUAUUUUCUGUUUCACAAAAUGUUUACAUCAGGAGAAAUGCACAAAUGUUUGAAUCAACUGGAACUAAUGAGAAAUUUAUUAAGAAUAUUCAAAUCAUAGAGUUUCUUUGUCUCUGACCAGAAUGGUGUUGCUUUCAUUUAGAAUGAUUGCUGUGAGUUUCCAAGGACCAAAGAAAACUCUUUUAAAGAUACCAAAGAACAAAAUAGAUCCUCGCGUCAUUUAUUUUUGGAAAUUGCAUGGGAAUCUCAUUCCUUCACACUCUUUUGGAAUUUAGUUACAUAAAAAUAUUACUGAAAGAUCUCGAUAAUCUUCGUGAUGUAAAGUGUUAAUUUAUUUCUGACACAAAUUAUUAUUUACAUUUUAUGAUAAUCAUGGGUGAGUUGUGCUUGUAUUAACUCAUUGUUCUCAUAAGGUAAUAAACAUCAAAUAACUUCUUGGUAGAAAAGUGAGCUCAAGCAAGUAGCAACAUAAUGAGAGACUGCAUAGCCUACGAACGGCUGGAACAUGUAAAGAAUAAGUACCAAGGCAUCUCGUCCCUCAACUACACAGUAUCUAAAUGACUAGAGGAGCUGAAGUUGGAGUAUGAGAUGCAAAAUGGAAAGCAAGCUUAGUCUGGAGAACCUAGUGGAAAGCAGAAAUAGCUGCAGCAAAGAUACUUCUCAACUGGGAAGAGUUAAGCCGAGAAGUCUGAACCAUAUAUAUGCUGAUUCUUUUGUUCUUUUAUCAUGUUAUCUUAUAUUGCACGAGGAAAAUGCAUAUUGAACAAGAAGGUUAUCAAUGGGGAAUUCGCCAAACAGUUUCUUGCAUGGAUUUAUGCUUAAAAAUAUUAUGUGCUAUGCAAAAUUCCAUUUUGUAUGCUGAAAUCGUGUAUCAGACAAAGUGAAGUGGUGGAGAGUGUUGUUA